GAAACUGACGACAGAAACGAAACCGAAAGCAGGAGUUUACUGGAAGUACAUAGCUUGCUAUGUGUUUAUAAACACCAUACGCACAGUUGGGACCGGCUGAAACAUUGGAGUACAGGAAGGCUGUCAAUAAGUCAGGGAGAAGUGCUAGAAAAUGACUUCUGAUACUGACACUGAUGCAACUUUACGGCAUCUCGUUGACUGUUUUAGAAAUAGGCUGAAGAGUCUUAUUCAAGUUGAGCCAGUUUUAGAUCAUAUCUAUUUUAUUGAACGCGAUCAGAAAGACCUGAUAUUAAAUAAAGCUAAAACUGAAACCAAUCAACGAGCAGCAGACCUCCUCAUUGAUACAGUUAUCAAUAAUCCGCAUCCAGCUGGCUGGUGUAGGGAAUUUUUAAACGCACUUGAAGCUGGCGGUUGUAAGCAUGCAGCCCAGUAUGUGGACACAGAAGAUCUCCCUUCACCUUCCUUGGAAGCACAAAAUGAUUACGUCGUGCAACUCGUUGAUCUGCUUGCUCCUAGUCUCGUAGAGAUGAAGACAGACGACGUAUGCAUGUUUUGUUACACGGACGGUAUUCUAACUGGGGAAGAAAGGGAUAAUAUCAACACUGAAACUAGAAAUCAUGGAUCGAUUAAGGGCGCACGUCUGCUUCUCAGAAGGAUUGCUGUGAAGCCCCCUGGUUGGUUUUCUACAUUUCUUGAAGCACUGAAACAAUCUGAACACUUUGAUCUUGUCCGAGAACUCACAGGAGUCACCACAACUGAGGGCGGUGAAGAAGGCACUGCUGUUGACAGUGAGCUUGCUGAAAACAGCGAGAAGAUGGCAGAGGGCCCUGAAGUGGCAUUCGCCAGCCUCCACCUCGGAGAGGAGUCAAUGGACAGUAGCAGCCUCCUCACAGACCUUGACAGCUCCAUGGAGGUUGCCUCUGGAGAUACAGAUGUGGAUCUCUAUCGUGGAGACGCUGAAAAAACUCAAGAGAGCCCUGAUGAGACUUCAGAGCCAGGUUGCAGUGAUGAGGGGGCGGCAACUGAAGACCCACAGGACCCCGAAAUUGUUCUACGGGAUUAUCAGAUGGAAGUAGCAAAACCUGCCUUAGAAGGAAAAAACAUCAUCAUAUGCCUCCCAACAGGAAGUGGCAAAACCAGAGCUGCUGUUUAUAUUACUAAAAACCAUCUGGACUCCAGGGCACAGAAAGGGCAGCCAGGGAAAGUUGUCAUCCUGGUUAACAAGGUGCCUCUGGUGGAGCAGCACUACAGCAAAGAGUUUGGAAAGUUUCUGAAGCGCCAUUACAGUGUUGAGAGGGUCAGUGGCGACUCCCAGCUGAAAAUCUCCUUCUCAGAGAUUGUGAAAAAAAAUGACAUCAUCAUCUGCACGGCACAAAUCCUGGAGAAUGCCUUCAAAGAGGCAAAAAACGAUGAAGACGAAGGAAUCCGUCUUUCAGAUUUCUCUCUGAUGGUGAUUGAUGAGUGCCACCACACGCAGAAGGGCGGGGUGUACAACUAUGUGAUGACCCGCUACCUGAAGCAGAAACAGAAGAACAAUCUGCUGAGGAAAGAGCAGAAGGAGCCCUCCCCCAUUCCCCAGAUACUGGGGCUGACGGCCUCGCCCGGCGUCGGCGGGGCCAAGAACUUGGCGAAAGCUGAGGAGCACAUCCUGAAGAUCUGUGCAAAUCUGGAUGCAUUCAAAAUCAUGCAACCGUCCACACUACUAGGAGACUUGAAAGGACCAUACAAAUAUACCGCUACAGCUGAAAAGAGAAAAGAGGAUCCUUUUGGAGAUGUGAUUAAAGGAAUUAUGAAUGAAAUACAUGCACAUGCGGAGCUGUACCCACCCUGCGACCCUGGCACCCAGAACUAUGAGCAGUGGGCUGUGCAAAAAGAGCAAAAUGCUGCGAAAGAAGAAAACCAGAAUGUGCGAGUCUGUGCCGAGCACCUGCGGCAGUACAACGAGGCCCUGUACCAAAGCAACACCAUCCGAAUGUGUGACGCCUUCGACUUCCUUCGCAAAUACCAUGACCAAGAGGUCAAAAAGAAAAUGGCCCCAGAGGAGGAAGAAGCCAUAGGCCGCACAGAAACUGAGACAUUCCUCUUCCGUCUGUUUAUAGAUAAAAAGAAGAAACUGCAAAACUUGGCAAGUAAGCCUGAGUAUGAGAACAAGGGCCUUUCCGAACUGAAGACUGCCAUACUGAAAGAGUUCACAAGCAGACCUGAGGCCAGGGGCAUCAUUUUCACAAAGACGCGCCGCAGUGCCAUCGCGCUGCAUCAGUGGAUACAGGAAAACAGGAAGUUUGAGGAGGCCGGGGUCAGGGCCAGCUAUUUAAUCGGAGGGGGUGACCAGAGCGUGGUGAAACCUAUGACUACCAAGGAACAAAGGGAUGUUUUGAAGAAGUUUAGCACUGGGGAGAUCAACUUGCUCAUUGCAACAACAGUUGCUGAAGAGGGCCUUGACAUACCGCAGUGCAAUGUUGUUAUCAGAUAUGGUCUGGUGACCAAUGAGAUCGCCAUGAUUCAGGCCAGAGGGAGAGGGAGAGCAGAAGACAGUAGCUACAUUUUGGUGGAAGUGGAGGGAUCUGGGGUGGCUGAGAGAGAGGGCGUGAAUGAGUUCCGUGAGAAGAUGAUGAGCAAAGCCAUCAAGAAGGUUCAAAGUUUAGAUCGAACUGUGUACGAACAUAAAGUAAAGGAGUUACAGAUGCAGGCCAUAAUGGAAAAGCGUGUUCGCACCAAGAAGAAGAAGGAGAAGGCGAUGAAGAGGGAGGAUCCUUCAAGGGUGACCUUCAGCUGCCGAAACUGCAGCAAGCCGGUGUGCACCGGUAAAAACAUAGAAAUAAUGGCGACUAUGCACUACGUGAAUGUGACCCAAGAAUUUCAGGAACUGUUCAUUGUUCGGGAAAAUGCAGCACUGCAGGAGAGGCUACUGGACUAUGAUACAAACGGCACCAUUGCAUGCAAAGGCUGUGGGCAUACAUGGGGUUCUAUGAUGCUGUACCGUGGGAUUGACUGUCCUAGCCUUCACAUCAAGAAUUUUGUGGUGACUUACAAUGACAAGCAGAAAACGUAUAACAAAUGGAGUGAACUUCCCAUCCGAUUCCCAGCAUUUGAUUAUUGCAAAUAUGCUGACAUGGUUGCCGACAAUUCUGAAGAUGAUGAUGAUGAUGAUGAUUAAAUGAUAAAAAGUGCCAGUCAGCUAAAGUGGUGACCGCAAGUGCAUGCAGACAUGAUUGGGAUUUCUACAAUUUUCGUAAAGAAUCAUUCAAUUUAUUUUCCAAAUGGCACAAAAGUGUAAUAUUGACUUAAGUACACAAGCUGAUCAAUACCUACAUUUACAGUAUAUGCAGUGUAACCAUCCUUUUUUAAAUUAUAACAUUUUUUCUAUAGCAGUUUAGCUGUUUAGCCGACUGUUUGAAUGAAUGUGGUUGCAUUUCCUUUUUUCUCUCAGUAAUGUCUUGCAGUGUCACUUAGGGAUGCAUUCUGUUUUCGUCUUUGUUUUACCAUUCUCAUGAUGCAUAUUUACAUCAAGAUGCUUGCAUCACUAUGUCUUUCUGAUUUAACAAAAGAAAAGGUCCAAAAUACAGGUUAGAACUUGCUGGUGUGGGUCAAGAGGUAACCUUUAGGGGAAAGGUGUAUAGAAGUCUGCUGUAAUUUUGGAUUUUAGAUGAGCUGCAGUAAGAGUUGAAAGGGUUGUGGGCUGCUGGGUGGCUCAUUUGGAUAAGGCACGCUGUGGUGCAAGGAUGAGCCCUGCAGUCUUGGGUCAAAUCCAGACUGUGCCAGUGCUGACUCUAAAUCAGGACAGGAAUUGGACAUGUUUGUCCACACAUUUGUAAAAAAAUGUAUUUUAAUAUGGGAAAUUAUUAGUAUUUUUAUUUAUUUUUUUGAGAAUUUUCUGAAACUAUUUGUGCUUUACUUUGAAACAUGUUCCUCUGACAUGAAUGUAAAGACACAUCAGUCCAUUGUGUGGUUACCCAGUGUUACACUUGGGUUCCCUACUUCUGCUCAAGCACAUCAGUUAACCUUUAUAGGCUAUCCUUUCAUUGACUUUUAGCUUCACUCCAUUUGGAUUAUACUCAAAUUCAAAUUUUUCAUCACAAAAAAUUCCUUUUGAGUAUAAUUUAAAAACUAUAAAUUAGAUUUAUUUAAAAAAAAAAAUUAAACACUUUACAUCACAGUUAAUAAAAGUCCCCUCGAUAAAAUUUAUCAAUCCAGAAGAGAAGGAUGGAAUCUGAAGAUGAUUUCAAGGUUAUCCUAUCAUUUUUUCAUUUUUCAUUUUUUGAAUAAAUAAAAAACAUGGAGCUUCUACUGAUUAUCUCGAGCUAAACACUAGUGAUUCUGCUUUAAAAAAAUGUAUUUAAGACCAGCUCAAAUGACCAGUAAAUUCUACAAUAAGUACCAUGCAGUGAAUCAGUGUCAGAUGAAUUGCAUAAAUAAUUAUAUCAUGAUCAAUUGUCAAGUAUGUGGAAGUAACAAAAAUAAAAUGGCAACAGGUAUCUGUCACACACUUGA